UGGGUGGCGCUGCUAACGCAAACGCGCCGUGUAGCGACGUCGCAAAAUAAUGACGUCAGCGGGGAAGUAAUUGACACCCUCCGAAGAAGAAGUGAAGGUCUGCUUUAUAUACAGCUGUUUCGGGGAAGAAAGAAGCAAACCAUGGCGUUAACACAGGUGUCUUCUAAUAAGUGCGCCGGUGGAUACCAGAAAGUGUUUGAGCAUGAAAGCUCUGAACUAAAGUGCAAGAUGAAAUUUGCCAUAUACCUUCCUCCUAAAGCUGAAACUGGAAAAUGCCCUGUGCUCUACUGGCUCUCUGGACUAACAUGCACGGAGCAGAAUUUCAUCACCAAAGCAGGAAGCCAGCGAUCUGCAGCCGAACACGGCAUCAUCAUUGUUGCCCCGGAUACAAGUCCACGUGGCUGCAAUAUUGAAGGAGAAGACGAAAGCUGGGAUUUUGGAACAGGAGCCGGUUUCUAUGUUGACGCUACACAGGAACCGUGGAAGACCAACUAUCGCAUGUACUCUUAUAUCACUGAAGAGCUGCCACGUUUAAUUAAUUCUAAUUUCCCUGUUGAUCCGGAGAAGAUGUCUAUAUCAGGGCAUUCAAUGGGUGGCCACGGUGCACUGAUCUGUGCGUUGAAAAAUCCCGGGAAAUAUAAGGCCGUUUCUGCUUUUGCCCCGAUCUGUAACCCAAUGCAGUGCGCUUGGGGACAAAAGGCUUUUUCUGGCUACCUAGGACCUGAAAAAUCCACCUGGGAGGCGUUCGAUGCCACGAUAUUGGCUGCCUCAUAUACGGGUCCAGAAUUGGACAUUUUGAUUGACCAGGGCCGUGAUGACCAGUUCCUGUCGUCCAGUCAGCUGCUUCCUGAUAACCUGAUCGCCGCCUGUUCUGAAAAGAAAAUCCCUGUUGUAUUUCGACUUCAGCAGGGCUACGACCACAGCUACUACUUUGUGUUCUCGUUCAUCGAUGACCACAUCAAGCACCAUGCGAAGUAUCUGAAUGCAUAAGACAGAAUAUGUGAUUAUUUACAUCACUUUUCACAACAAUAAAACUAUGUACUGAUGUCGUUUGUCAGUAUUUCAUGUUUUAAAAUUGAAGCCUCCGAUCAAGUGUUUGUUUUUUUUGACAUUCAUUUUAUUAACCUGGAAAGUGAAUGUAAAGGGUCUGAAAAUAAAAUUCAAGGAUUAUUAA